AUGAUGGAUACCACCAAUGGAAGCUCACAAAGCAAUUUCAUCCUUUUAGGAUUUUCUGAUCGUCCUCAUCUGGAGAAAGGCCUCUUUGUGGUGAUCUUGAUUGCCUACCUCCUGACUCUUGUGGGUAACACAACCAUCAUCCUGGUGUCUCAGCUGGACUCUCACCUUCACACUCCCAUGUACUUCUUUCUGUCCCACCUCUCCUUCCUGGACCUCAGUUUCACUACCAGCUCUAUACCCCAGCUCCUCUACAACCUGAAUGGACAUGACAAAACUAUCAGCUACACUGGUUGUGUCAUUCAGCUCUUUCUGUUCCUGGGUCUGGGGGGUGUCGAGUGUCUGCUCCUGGCUGUCAUGGCAUAUGACCGGUUUGUUGCAGUCUGCAAACCUCUACACUACAUGGUUAUUAUGCAUCCUCAACUCUGUCUGGGUUUAGUGUCCCUUGCUUGGGGCUUUGGAAUUGCCAACUCGUUGAUCAUGUCCCCAAUGACACUGUGGUUACCCCGUUGUGGGUACCGCAAGGUAGAUCACUUCUUGUGUGAGAUGCCAGCCUUAAUCCGGAUGGCCUGUGUUAACACAGCUGUUGUUGAAGGCAUUGCAUUUAUUCUAGCAGUGGGGAUUGUGAUUUCGCCCUUGGCCUUUAUCCUGAUCUCCUAUGGCUACAUUGUUAAAUCUGUGUUAAGGAUCCAGUCAUCCUCCGGAAGACACAAAGUCUUCAACACCUGCGGCUCCCAUCUCACGGUGGUCUCACUUUUCUAUGGAAACAUUAUAUACAUGUACAUGCAACCCGGAACCAGUUCCUCCAAAGACCAGGGAAAGUUUCUCACCCUGUUUUACAAUAUUGUCACCCCCCUACUGAACCCCCUGAUCUACACUCUCAGAAACAAAGAAGUGAAAGGAGCACUAAGGAGGUUGCUACUGGGUAACAGAGGUAUGGAGAAGAAGUAA